AUGUGCCGUCUAGCAUUUGAGGAUAUAGCCACAGUUUCGGAUGCCGAAUACCAGUCCUGGAAACGAGCUGCAGCCGCAAGGCCGGCAUACGAGCGUGACCAAGUUAACGUAGGGACAGCAUCCUUGCUAGAAUAUCUACAGGAGACGGAGCCUGACGUGACGUUUUGGUUUUGUUUAGGCGCCGACGCCUUUCUAGACUUGACAGACGGCAAGUGGAAGGAGAGCGCCCAAGUUUUGCACCUUCUGCAGGGCCGUAUCGUGGUAUUGAAGCGACAACCAGAUUCAUCGAAAGUCGAUUCGACAACAGAGCAAGUGUGCGACGCUGCCUUGCUCGAACGAAUCGAAGGAACGCCCGGAUCCAAAUUGUUGUCACUGCCUAGCCUGAACGAAGUAUCUAGUAGUCAAGUGCGCAGUACACGCGACGAACGUGAGCUAGAGUCCAUGGUGAUCCCAGCCGUACUCAAUUACAUGAAAAUGCACAAGUUGUAUGCGUUUGCCUAG